AGAGAGACAGAGAAAGAGAGAAGGGAAAGAAUCCAGAAGCACAUUCUCUCCUGCAGGUACACAGAGAAAAGGUGGGAAGCCGCACAGGUCCUUUGUCCCUUUAUUGCUGCACUUUGCCGGACUCCCCAGCAUCCGGAGGGACGCAGAUUCCCGUGAGCACUCGCAGGCGGGUGGGCUUCUCGCCUGAGCCGGCCCCGAAGCAAAGCCCACAGUGAGUCCGCAGGGAAGGACGCCGAGCUCAGAGACUCUGGGCACCAAGGCUGGCCUCUCCGACUUUUCCUGCCUUCUCACCCAAUCCUACCCCCUCAGAGAAAACAGUAACUGUCUCUGAAUCAUGCCGAUCUGAACGCCCCGGGCGUGGUGGAAAGCUUGGGUAAUCGAGGCAGAUAUACUGGGAGGGUGCGAAAAACCAGACUUCAGUCUCGAGGCUAGGGGUUUGACCCAUGAUUUCUCCACCCACCGUAAAGAUGAUCCUGAUACAGAAGCUUCCUCGGAGCCCCGUGCGUUUGUGUGGGAGACAGAAGGUGGGAGUGCUCGUAGCCUCUGCUCCAAGGCGAAUUAGCCCCUAGAAGGAACUCUGGAUGGCCUCGCGCGAAGAGUUUGAAUGGGUAGUCCAGUCCCGGCUGGUGUGACUUCAUCUUUAUCUCCUUUGACAGAAACUGCGUGUUGCGUGAGGCAGUGUGGGUGUCCUCAGAGCACCUGGCAGGGGCUCAGCGGACGUGAGGCGCGCGAAUGGGCAGAGCAGAAUCCCUAGAAGGGAAGAUGAGCGCCCAGGAUCCUUCAGAUCUGUGGAGCACAUCAGACGGAGAAGCUGAGCUGCUCCAGGACUUGGGGUGGUAUCACGGCAACCUCACACGCCACGCGGCCGAGGCUCUUCUCCUCUCAAACGGAUGUGACGGAAGCUACCUUCUGAGGGACAGCAAUGAAAGGACCGGGCUGUAUUCUCUCUCUGUGAGAGCCAAAGACUCUGUCAAACACUUUCAUGUUGAAUAUACCGGAUAUUCAUUUAAAUUUGGCUUUAAUGAAUUCUCAUCUUUAAAGGAUUUUGUCAAGCAUUUUGCAAAUCAGCCUUUGAUUGGAAGUGAGACAGGCACUCUGAUUGUCCUGAAACAUCCCUACCCAAGAAAAGUGGAAGAACCUUGCAUUUACGAGUCUGUCCGGGUUCACACAGCAAUGCAGACGGGCAGAACGGAAAGUGACCUCGUGCCCACCGCACCUUCUGUAAGUGGCUGACCCGUAAGUCAUUGCCUACCAUGCAAGGAAGAGUAGAUACUUUUACAAGUACUUUUGUUCACACGAAAAUUCUACCUUGGGAUAUAAAACCUGGAAAGGAACAUCCAGUGUGAAGCCCAUGACUCAGUUCCUCUGAUCAGGGUAAAUCAUCAAAAACUACAGCGCCAUAGCCAUAGGAUUCUAAAUACUUCGAAAGUGGCGCUUACAUUCCUGUCCUUCCUUAGCAUGGGCGAGAGUGUUGAUGUUUACAUAGUUGGCUACACUGUUAUUCUUUCACGAGUUUCUUCUAUUAA